GUUUGAGCACACCUGUGCCUUUGCCAACUUCUCGGCCGCCUGUUUUCGAUUCGAGCCGGGGUUUGGCGUUGAGCUACAGUCCCAGCAGUUCCGCAAGCUUGCCAAUGUGCCUCUGUACGAGCCCUGCACGCAGAGUGAGUGGAGCUCCAGAAUUACUUGGGAUUUGGAGCACCUACGUGGAUGCAUCCUCGGACGCUCCUUCACUCUGUAUCCAGACUUCGACUUAUGGCGUUAUGGGCGCCUUGCCAGAGGUUUGGCGACUGAGAGGUCUAACGAGCGGCUUCCGACACUGAUGGAGUGGUGCUCAAUGUACGAGCCUGCAGGCCUGAACAACAGCCGUGGCAAAGCAUGGAGCGACGUUGACAUGAAGUUUCCGUUGCUGCCGCACGUACGCUCCUACGGGAACUGGUUGGCCUGCAUCGCCGGCAGCAUGUCGCAUGUGGCCUUCAUAGUUGAAGGCGAGGCAGUCAGGAACGCAGUUGUCCACGACCAUUGUGGACAGAUCGGCGACCUGCAGCCGAGAAGAAAUUGGUAG